CACAGGAUGUUUACACCUUGGAAACGCUCGCGAUUACUCGCGAACGCGAGACACAACCGACACGAAUGACGUAUGAUGACGGCAGUUUUGCGUAAAAUAUGAUCAAUCGUACAGUGAUUGUCGCGACAAACUCGGUGCUGGCGACGAUCCGGUAAAUAAAAUCGGAACUGUCAACUCUCCGCUCGAAACUGUCAAAAAUCACGACGACGCGACUAUUCCAGCUGUCAUUUUUCAUCGAAUGUCGCACUUGAUUCUUUGAUUGUAUACGCAUAUAUAUAUAUAUAAUCGUAAAUAAAUUAUGAGCGUGGACAGCGAAAACAAAUCGAACGAGGCGAUCACGUCCUACACCUCGUCGACGGUCGAGUCGAAGAACGCCGUCUCUGACGGAGAUGUCGACGGUGGCCCGGUUACUCCAGAAAUGGUGCUACGAUUACCUACUAUUACAGAUAAGUACCUCUGCUCACCGGAGGCCAACAUUUACGAUAUAGACUUCACGAGGUUUCAGAUUAGAGAUUUAGAAACUGGUGCUGUACUUUUUGAGAUAACAAAGCCUCCUGCUAGUGAAUGUGAUACACAUCAAGAGCCAGAGCCAGAUUGCGAAGAGCUCGGAUCCGAGGAUACAAACACAGGACGCUUUGUGCGAUAUCAAUUCACGCCGCAGUUUCUCAAAUUAAAAACAGUCGGAGCAACAAUUGAGUUUCUCGUAGGGCCUAAGCCGAUCAAUAACUUCAGGAUGAUAGAACGGCACUUUUUCCGCGACAGGCUACUGAAGACCUUUGAUUUUCAAUUUGGGUUUUGCAUACCGAACAGCAAAAAUACAUGCGAACACAUUUACGAAUUUCCAACAUUGCCUACGGAUCUAGUUUCGGAAAUGAUUGCGAAUCCUUUUGAAACGCGAUCCGACUCGUUUUAUUUCGUCGACAAUCAGCUUGUGAUGCACAAUAAGGCCGAUUAUGCAUACAACGGUGGACAUACGCACGAUGUAUUGUAGUGUGCGAUUUGUUGAUUAAUAUUAUUGCAAGUGGUAUAUAUAUAGGAUAUCACAGUUUUAUAUAUAUAUACAUACAUAUGUAUAUAUAUGUUACAGCGAACAAUGACGAUCAAGACUGCACGUUUGGCUAGUGUUUGACAUUUCGUCACUUUCGGCACGAAAACGAGCUUAGAAUUUCGCGGAUUGCAAUGAAGUCUGAACACGCGAAACGUUGUUGCAAUAGAAACGCUUUAAAGCUACGUUUGAUUUCUUGGGAAUAUUAUAGUUCCUAUUUUUUUUAGUAAAAUAUUUUAUUAUAAAUUAUUAUUCGGAUAAAGUACUUAGUUUUUUUAGAAGGUUUUACUAGUAUUUCUUCUUAUUCGAUUAGUACCGAGUAUCAUUAUUCAAGUAUACGUAACACAUUGAUACACAUGGCCUUUGAAUGGAACUAUUCAAUUCCAUUAAAACUCUGCUCUCUAAUUUUUUAAAUAAAGUCUAUACAAUUUUCGCAUGUAAUACAUGCGUUGAGAGAAAAACUAAAAGAGAUUAUUGAAAACGGCGCUUUUCGACGCUUAAUGGCGCUUUUUAUCACAAUCGCAUAACGUGCAGUUACUUUCACUUUUACACUAUAUAUUGUUUGAAUAUUUUACACAUUGUUCUGCAACGUUGUGGAAUUCACCUGAAAUACAUGUAUAUAUUUACAAAGGACAA